AAGGUCCGGCUCUCCGGCAGGAAAUCACUGUCUCUAGGAACCGGGAGAAGCAGAGCGGCUGUCUCGUCUCUUGCCUUUGAGAAUAUCACAGGAGACAUCGGCACAACUCACCCUCUGGCAGCUCAAGCUAACCCUUAGCAGAUCGGGCUGGUGGGAUGAAUCGGGACUAGCGAUAUUUCUUCCGGAUCGACCCGCGCCGCCUCCUGCAGACACAAUGGCGGACACCGGGAGCAGAACAAAGCGGAGCAGGCAAGCCGCGUCUCUCCUUCUGCUCCUGUGCGUGGGGGCGAUCGGCUCGGAGACGGUGCGGUACUCGGUGCCGGAGGAAAUGGAGAGCGGGUCCUUCGUGGCUAAUGUGGCAAAGGAUGUGGGGCUGGAGCCCAGGAGCCUGUCUGCUCGCAGGGCCCGCCUGGUGUCGGACGCCGCGAGCCGGCAUUUCCAGCUGAAUGGCAAGACUGGGGACUUGCUUAUCAAAGAGAAACUGGACCGAGAGGAACUGUGCGGGCAGACGGAGCCCUGCCUUGUUCGCUUUGAGCUAGUGCUGGAGAAUCCCUUGCAGUCGUACCGGGCCGAGGUGCGGGUCACUGACAUAAACGAUCAUUCCCCAGUUUUCUCGGAAGAAGAACAAGUCCUCACAAUUCCCGAAACGACCCCUGCUGGGUCACGGUUUCCCCUGGAGAGCGCUCAGGAUUUGGAUGUGGGAAACAACAGCCUCCAAAGCUACAGCCUUAGCUCCAAUGUGCAUUUCCAUAUACAUAUGGAGGAACAGAGCGACGGCACGACAUCUGCGGACCUAGUGCUGGACCAAGCCCUGGACCGAGAGCAACAGCCAGAGCUGAGUUUGCUACUCACUGCCCUGGACGGCGGCUCCCCACCGAGGUCCGGCACUGCGCAAAUCCGCGUCAUCGUCCUCGAUAUCAAUGACAACCUGCCUGUCUUUUCCCGGGCCACUUUCAAAGCGCAGGUACCGGAAAACAGCCCCAGAGACUUCCUCGUUCUGGCUGUUUCUGCCACUGACUUGGACGAGGGAAGCAACGGGGAAAUCUCCUACUCCUUCAGCCAGAAAUCCAAGGAAAGCAGUAAAGUGUUCCAUAUCAACACAGUCUCAGGAGAAAUUCGGCUUCUGGAAGAACUGGAUUUCGAAACGAGGGAGACCUACGAGCUGUACAUCCAGGCCACGGACGGCGGGGGGCUGUCGGCGCACUGCAAAGUCCUGGUGGAGGUGGUGGAUGUGAACGACAACGCGCCAGAGGUGACCCUGACAUCCCUCAUCAGCCCCAUCCCCGAGGACGCGCCCCCCGAGACGGUGGUGGCCCUGCUCAGCGUCAGGGACCGCGACUCCGGGGACAACGGGAGGGCAGCCUGCUCCAUAGAGGACGCGCUGCCCUUCUCCCUGAAGGCGACGUUCCGGGACUCGUACGCGCUGGUCACGGAGCGGGCGCUGGACCGCGAGAGCGUGUCGGAGUACAACAUCACGAUCGUGGCGCGGGACCAGGGCGCCCCCAGCCUGUCCGCCGAGCAGAGGAUCAGGGUGAGAGUGUCCGACAUCAACGACAACGCGCCCGUGUUCAGCCAGGCGGCCUACACCAUGCACGUGCGGGAGAACACGGCGCCCGGCACGGCCAUCGGCACAGUGCGCGCCGCCGACGCGGACGCGGAGCACAACGCCCGAGUGACCUACUCGCUCGUGCCCGCCGGCGCCGGCGCCGGGGCCCUGCCCGUGCUCGCCUACGUGGCGGUGAACUCGGCCGACGGCAGCGUGUACGCGCUGCGCUCCCUGGACUACGAGCAGACGAGGCAGCUGGAGGUGGGCGUGAGAGCGACGGACGCCGGGUCCCCGGCGCUCAGCUCCGAGGCCGUGGUGCGCGUCGUGGUGCUGGACGAGAACGACAACGCGCCCUUCGUGCUGCACCCGCUGCAGAACAGCACGGCGGCGUGGAGCGAGCUGGUGCCGCGCUCGGCCGAGCCGGGCUACCUGGUGACCAAGGUGGUGGCGGUGGACGCGGACGCGGGGCAGAACGCCUGGCUGUCCUACCAGCUGCUCCGCGCCACGGAGCCGGGGCUCUUCGCCGUGGCGCUGCACAGCGGCGAAGUCAGGACGAGCCGGCCGCUGACGGAGCGCGACACGGUGAAGCACAGGCUCAUUGUGCUCGUCAGGGACAGCGGGGAGUCGCCCCUGUCCUCCUCCGCCACCCUCAACAUCCUGCUCGUGGACGGCUUUUCCGACGCCUACCUGCAGUCCGCUGAUGCCGCCGCCGCCGCCGCCGAAGGGGCCGACACAGGCGCUUUAACCAUGUACCUAACCGUCUCCCUGUGCCUCGUGUCCUUCCUCUUCCUGCUCUCCGUCGUGACAUUUGUCCUGGUCAAGGUGUGCCGGAGGAGAGGGGGCGGGGAGCAGUACACCAGUGCUCCCGGCACGUUGUAUGGCGACGGCAACUUGCCGAGAGACUGGGUGGAUGUGUCGGGGACCGGCACCCUGUCCAGGAGUUACCGGUACGAAGUGUGCUUGAGCACGGGGUCGGGGAGCAGCGACUUCCGGUUUCUGAGGCCCCUCGUGCCCUGCCCUCCGCAGCAGGGGGGCUGCGUCGUGACGGGCUCCGGGAAGGAGCGGGAUCUUCUCACCGACUCUCAUGCGCCCGCCGACUUGGAAGGCGCCGAUCAGGUUCCCUGAAAAAAUAUCUACUGUAAGAUGACAUGGACAAGAGAAAUUUACAGAAGACUGCCUGGUUUGAGGGAAAGGCAAGAACUGAAGAUGCUUAAACCAAAGUCUCUGAAAAGAAGCUCCCCUUUGUGUUAAAUCUUUAAUGACCUCUGUCACUCUGUGGUUAUAACCCAUAGUAUUCAUGGUUUAAUAGAAGUUUUAGUUUAAAAAAACAAAGUAAAUAUGAUACUGAGGACUUCAAUGGACCAAAGACUGCUUCUAGAAAAGUCAAACAAAUUUUCUCUUACCUGUAAUUUCAGGAUAUGGAUGAGGUUGUAGGUUUAGUUAGAAUAAUAACUGUCCUGAAUUUUAAUACUAGUAUAGAAAAUAAAAAAUUGUUCCAGAAGCAUCUGCAAUCACCUCUCCUGUGUUAUGACAUAAACAACCAAUUGGAAGUCUCCUCAUACUAUGUCUGAAGUCACUAAUCACAGUAGGAACUACUCACACUUCUUGGAACCCAGAGGUCUGUGGGUCUGGGUUUUCCUUCUCUUAACUUUGCUGAGUCUGAGUCUCUGAGCUGAGAAAUUUAGCCUUGGUUUCAACUGAGCUGAAAAGCUGCAACAAAAGAUGACAUGGGGGAGUUACUUUGACCAUGAUCCCUUCUUGACAAAAAUAAAGAAGUCUCAAGAUAUCUUUUCUGCAUGACAAAAGUCAAAAGACUUGAACAAACCAAAAAAAGCAAAUUUGGUUUGUGAAAAUUAAAACAAUCAACAGUGACACUGACCACCACCUAAGAGCAAAAUAAUUAUCUAAAAUUGGGAAACUUAGUUAAGAUUAAGCAUAUAUGUUAAGAGUAGGCCUCUUAAUAUGCAUUGCAGUGAAUGGCUUCAGCUAAUUGUAUGAUAAGUGUGGUAUAUAAGUAGGAAACACUUGGAGCCCCUCCUGAAAAAAACCUGAUAGCGAUCCAAGAAAAUUGUUCCCCACAGCAGACUCCAGACACAGGAGCCAGGAAAUCCCAGACAAGACUUCAUGGACUGAUCACCUGCUGACAUCAAGUUCAUUGUGCUUUGGGGUGGUAAACAUGUUGUGUUGCUUUUGACUAACCACAGUAAUAGAAUUGUAACUGCUAAAGGCUUAAUAAAUUCCUGAUUGGUUAAGAA